CCCACACCUCCUCCCAGCGCCCGGCGCUCCCGCCCGUGCCCACCCCCGCGCUCCGCCGCGGCCGUUGCGCCCGGCGCCCCCGCCCGUUGCUCCGUUGGUGGACAUGGCUGUGCCGGUGCCAGUGCUGGUGUUGCUGCCUGCUCUCCUCGCCGGGCUCCUCUCAUGUCCCGGAGCCGAUGCCAGCGUCCCGCCUGCUUGCGACAAGUAUGGUGUGCCUGGAUGUCCAAGGGACUACAACCCAGUGUGUGGGACCGAUGGAGAGACCUACUCAAAUGAAUGUGUGCUCUGCCUUUCAAACAGUGAAAAUAAAAAGAACGUCCAAAUUUUCAAGAUGGGAACAUGCUGAUAUGGCAGAUGGCCACUUUUCAAGAAAAUGAGAGGGAUGCAGACAGUCCAAAUGGAAACAAUGCCUUAAAUGUACCUUCCUUCUAUGCAGCCUGUCUUAAUAAAUAAGCUUGCCUGUUUAAGCAAAA